CCGGCCUCCGUCCUCCCUCACCGGCCUGCAGACUCCAAAUUCAGCCGGUUAACUUUAAUUUUUGCGCAGCUGCUUUCUUCCGUGUUUCCAUGUCAUUUCCUGUGAUAAAACAUGGUGGUCACAGCUCGAGCAGGCGACUGAGUCGCUGCGAAAAUUGACGCCAAACUUUGCAUCUCCGGAGCCCAGCGGCCGGGGCUCCGAGCGCGACUACCCGGGCGAGGCGACGCAGAGCCGGGCUUCCGCCGGGGCAGAGGGUCGGUGUCCCCGCCGCGUCUCCGCACCAGACCUUCUGAAUCUCCAACAUGGUUCCAUCAUGAGCGAUCAGCCGCUGGACCUCUGGUUCUGUGAGGACUGUCAGGACUAUUUCCAGAAGGAGUGUCCGACCCACGGACCUCCGCUGUUCGUCCCCGACACCCCUGCAGUUCCAGGGACGACCAACAGGGCGGCGCUCACCGUCCCGUCAGGCCUGGAGGUCUUCACCGAGGGGGACGAGGUGGACGUCCGCUGUCUGGAUGCGACAAUCCCGAAGGGGGCGCUGUUCGGUCCGUACGAGGGGGAGCUGGUGUCCAAAGACAAAUCCUCCGGCUUCUUCUCCUGGAUCAUUGUGGAUGUAAACAACACGUAUCAGUCCAUCGACGGCAGCGAUGAGACCAAAGCCAACUGGAUGAGGUUCGUCCGGACCUCGUCAGAGGACAGCGACAGGAACCUGACGGCGUUCCAGCACGGCAAGAACAUCUACUUCAGAGUCUGUCGGCAGCUGGAGGCCGGAGAGAAGCUGAGGGUUUGGUACAGCGACGAUUACAUCCAACGACUCCACUGCGUUUCUCAGGAGAGCAUCGACCGAAACCUGGACACAGAUCCCGGCCAUCCAGCAGUGCUGCACAAACUUCAGAAGGAUUUCAAAUCUCCGUGCCUGCAGUCGGCUCUGCAGGGCAAACUGUGCUCCAGCAAACAGCCCAGCGAGGAUUCGGACGGUCAGCCUCCGGCCAAGAGAAAGAAGAUCGACCUGAUCUUCAAAGACGUCCUGGAAGCUUCUCUGGAAGAUUCCCGGUCCAGAUCCUGCCUCCCCGGAGACUGUAAGCUGCCGACGCUCGGGUUCAACUCUUCUGAGAGCGGCUUCAACAUUCCAGACCUGAAGGUGGAGGAGAAAGAGGAGGAGAACCAGAGCGGAGAGGAACCUUCCACUUCCUUCUGCCCCAACUGUGUCAAGCUGAGGAGGAGGAUCAUGGAGCUGGAGGAGGAACUGACCCGCCUCAGGGCAGGAAAGGGUGACGGAACCGGACCACCUGAGAAGGUGCAACUGGAUCAAGGCCCACCGCACCCCGAACAAGGCCCCAUCGAGGACUUCCAAGGGAUGGAGCCCUUGACGCCCACUCAGGUGGUUCUGGAUGAAGACGACCAGGACAUGGACUCAGCUGAUGAGUCCAUCACAGCAGAUCUGGUGAUUUCUCCGGAGGACUCGUCAAAGCUUUCGGCUGUAGGAAGCAGACGGAUUCGCCGCUUCAAGCAGGAAUGGCUGAAAAAAUUCUGGUUCCUCCGUUACUCGCCGACCCUGAACGAGAUGUGGUGCCACGUCUGUCGCCAGUACACCGUCCAGUCGUCCCGCACCUCGGCCUUCAUCAUCGGCUCCAAGCAGUUCAAGAUCCACACCAUCAAGCUGCACAGCCAGAGCAACCUUCACAAGAAGUGUCUGCAGCUGUACAAGCUGCGCAUGCAUCCAGAGAAGACUGAGGAAAUGUGCAAGAACAUGAUGUUGUUGUUUAAUGCAGCGUACCAUCUGGCUCUGGAGGGGCGGCCCUUCUCCGAUCUCCGUUCGCUGGCCGAGCUGCUGAAGAAGUGCGAGCUCAAAGUGGUAGAUCAGUACAUGAACGAAGGCGACUGUCAGAUCCUCAUCCACCACAUCAGCAGGGCUUUAAAGGAGGAUCUGGCUGAGAAGAUGCGCCUUUCGCCCUUCCUGAGCGUCAUCAUGGAUGCACAAAAUGACGACCUCUUCUCCGACAUGGUGGCCGUCUAUGUCCAGUUCAUGACCAACGAGGGCUCCCCGAACACGGAGUUUCUGUCCCUGCAGAGACUGAGCAUGGCCAGCGUGGACGGGUACCUCCAGGUGAUGGAUCGUGCCUUCAGCAUCCUCGGCCUCCGGUUUCAGGACAUGCUGGUGGUUGGUUUGGGCGUAGACGGCACCAACAUUUCUUCAGGGAUGAGGGCAAACCUGUACAUUGCUGUCCAGAAGACUUUUCCCUGGAUCCUCUGCCUCCCCAUCAUGAUCCAUCGGCCUCAUCUGGAGGUUCUAGACGCCAUCAGCGGGAAGGAGCUGUCCUGCCUGGAGGACCUGGAAAACAACCUGAAGCAGCUGCUCAGCUUCUACCGCUACUCCCCUCGCAUGAUGGCAGAGCUGCGAUCCACAGCUCCAACGCUGUCCGAGGAGACAGAGUUCCUGGGAGACAUCAGAGCCAUACGCUGGAUCAUCGGAGAACCAAACGUCCUCAACGCCCUCAUCAAGGAUUACCUUGAGGUGGUCGCACACCUGAAGGAGAUCAGCAGCCAGACACAGAGGGCUGAUGCUUCAGCCAUCGCACUCACCCUCCUCCAGUUCCUCAUGGACUACCAGUCAGUCAAACUUAUCUACUUCCUGCUGGAUAUCAUCGCUGUCCUCUCGCGGUUGGCCUUCACCUUCCAGGGGGAGUAUCUUCUUGUGUCGCAGGUGGAAGCCAAGAUAGAGGAGGCCAUCCAGGAGAUCGGCCAGCUAGUGGACUGCCCUGGAGAAUACCUGCAGGAGUUUGAGGAGAACUUCAGAGAGAGUUUCAAUGGCGUCGCUUUGAAGAACCUGCGAGUCGCUGAGUCCAAGUUUCAGUCCAUCCGAGAGAAGAUUUGCAACCGGAGCCAAGGCAUCCUUUCUCAGAGGCUUGACCUGCAGAGUCGCUCAUUCGCCAAAGCCUGCCGGGUGCUGGAUCUGUCCACAUGGCCGCACAGCCACGAGGACCUACAGGCCUAUGGGGACGAGGAGAUCCAGACCAUCUUCAACCACCUGGAGUUGAUUCCCUCUGCGGGUCAGGAGGGUUUCCAGGCCCGGACGGAGGCCAGAGGCAGCCUGGUGGUCGAGUGGAAGGACCUGAAAGCUGACUACUACAGUAUGAACAGCUUCAAAGAGGUCAUCGGUCACAUCUGCCGGUACAAGCAACGGUUCCCCCUUCUGAACCGGAUCAUCCAGGUGGUCCGGGUGCUGCCCAGCUCCACAGCCUGCUGCGAUAAAGGCCGAGGGUCUCUGCAGAAGAUGUGUAAGAACAACCGCUCCCGGUUGACCCUGGAGCAAAUGAAUGACCUGCUGACGGUGGCGGUUAAUGGGCCGCCCAUCACCAUCUUUGAUGGGAAGCGAGCGUUGGACAGCUGGUUCGAGGAGAAGUCCGGCAGCAGCUACUCGCUCUCGGCUGAGGUACUGAACCGGAUGUCAGAUCAGAAAUCGGUCUUGCACAACGUCGAUGUCAACACGGAGUUCUACCCUGACAUCUGACAGGAAACCCAGCAGUGUAGUGGUACCACAAACUGCUCUCCAGCCAACCAGACAUACAUGGAAAGAUUCAGUUAUUCCGAAAAGUUCGUAGGAUUGAAAAGGACUGAAAGCAAAUAGUACAAUGUCCAGAAAUGCAAACUUCACCAAAGCUACUAAAGAAGCCUGAACAUAAACUAAAUCCCUGCAUGUCCCCUGUUGAUUCCUGUUUUCUCUGCAGUGGAACAAGUCUAUCAAAGGGGCAUCAUAACGGGGUAUUUAUGAGCAAUAGGUCCAUAGGGCCACUGUUGUUCUACUGUACACCCCAAGGCAAACCUUUAAGACAGGGGUCCAAAGUGUCACGGAGGCUCUCUCGGCUUCACCUUCCAAAAAACACUUUAGUGAGACAAAAGAACAACAAAGAGAUGCAAAAUGACAAAGAAAAACACAAUAACUACGAUGACAUGCAAAACCAUAAAUGAGAGCCAAAACAAUGACAAGUAAAAGAAAAAAGACUACAAAGAGUCACAAAAAAGCCUCAAAUACACAAAAAAAACUACAACAAAGUGACGCAAAUAGACAAAGAAAAGCAAAGUAAUUGCAAAAUGACUACAAAGAGAUGGGAAAAGACCUCAGAGACAAAAUGACAAAUAAAUAUUAAAGGCAACCACAAAAAGACAGAAUGGACUCAAAGAGGAACUACAAAAAGACAAAAAACACCACAAAAAGGCGUAAAAAAAACCACAAAGAAACACAAAACAAGGACAAUGUGAUUCAAAACAACAAUGACAGAGCAACAUAAGAUAACUGCAAAGUGACACAAAAUGAUCACAAAAAAACAAAACAAGGACAGAAACCCAAACCAACCACAUAGUGACAUACAGUGACCACAAGGGGACACAAAACUAUGACAAAGAGAUGAAAAAUCCGCCACAAAGAGAUUAAAACUAUCAAAUUGAUACAAAACAACUUCAAAGAGACACAAAACUACAACAAAAAGAUGGACAACGACCACAAAGAGACACCAAACAACCACAAAGAGACACAGAACAAUCACAAAGAGACACAAAACAACCACAAAGAGACACAAAAUGACCACAGAGACACAAAAUAAUCACAGAGACUCAAAACUACAACAAAGAGACACAAAACUUCAACAAAGAAAUGGAAAACAACCACAAAGAGACACAAAACAACCACAAAGACACAAAACAGCCACAAAGAGACAAAAAACUACAACAAAGGGAUGGACAAUGACCACAAAGAGACACAAAACGACCACAAAGAGACACAAAACUACAACAAAGAAGCAAACAGCGACUACAAAGAGGCAUAAAUCAAGGACAGAGACACAAAACGACCACAAAGAGACAACAAUUGGACUCAAAAAUGCAGAGAAGGACAGCGUGUGGUCGUGGUUGUGUUGUUUCUACAUGUGUGUCCUCAGGGUCAAUCCAUGUCGUAAUGCUGAGCUGGACUUGAUGCUGGAAUCGUCGGACUCUCGAUGGCUCUGCAGCUCUCGAUAACGAAGCUCUUGUUUUCCAGCCAACAGACAGUCACACACGACGAACAAUCAGUCAGUGUCAAAAUAAAAGUCUGUGCUAUGAGCUGCUCUCAGUGUGCCUGAAGAAACCCAGAUGUACAAAGGCUUUAUAUUUCUAUUAGAAAUGCUCUCAGCCCGGCUCCACUCUGUACAUACUGUAAAUGCUUCGAGCCGGUUUUUAAAGAGGGUAUUUUUCUCUUGAAUUUCAUGAUUGUGCCAAAACGAUCGAAUGACGCACAGUGCGAAAGUAAAAAGGUGCUACGCUGCUCGUUUUAGAUGUUUACCGCAGCAAAUGUUUUUCCACUGACGCUUCAUGUUUGGAUGUAACUUCAGUCUUUGCCAAAGCUUCACAUAAGUUUUAAAAACUGCAUGAUCGGCUGCUGCUUUUUAGCACAUUCCUCACUGGUGUUUUAUAAUGAUGAUUAUUAAGAUGUCUGCUGGUGUUUAAUGCAGAAAUAAACGAUGGAAAAACGAUGA